AUGGCAAUUAUAAUUCAGAGCGAAGAUGAAUUUGCUAAUUAUAAACAACUGGAAUAUUCGAUACCAUUUCAGGGUUAUCGACGAUGCGUUGCAUUUGCUUAUAUUGGUGUUAAUGCCGUUGGAUUUGCUGCAAAUUUUUGGGUGUUAUAUACCGUUGCACCGUUACUUUUUUCGGCUACUGUUAAAGUACCAAAAAGUAUUUUAUUUUAUAUUAUAACACUAUGCAUUUCCGAUUUGAUGAUUAUGAUUGGUAGCACAUUCUCGUGUGUGGCAUAUCUUGUCUUUGAAGCAAUGAAUAAGUUUGUUGCACCGGUAAUUGUGGUAUUGAUCAGUCGAACAUGUUACGUAACGAUAUGUCUCGAUCCAAAAAGUCGACGAAUAGCUGCUAGUUUGAAAGUCUUACUUUUCAUUUACCAAUAUGCAAUAGCACAAGUAAUUGCAUCGAUGGCGCUUGUAAUGAUAAUGUUAUGGCCUCUUUUUGUAUAUAGCCAAGUAUCAACGCUUUAUUUCAAUGCUAAUAUUACCCAAAGAACUGUCAAUGUACUAAGGAAAUGUACUUUCAUGCCACCAUCCGAGAUUGAACUCGGCUUUGGUAUUGUAUCGUGCAUUGCUAGCUAUGCUAUACCGUUAGGCGGUAUGAUCUAUUGGUAUGUUUCAGUGCCAUUCUUCUUGAAGCGGCAUGCCGGUAAUUCACUAGCUUCUAGCAAUUGCAAUGCCGCUCCAUUACGUCGACUUAUAGCAACGGUAUUAGUGCUUACAGCAGUUUAUAUAUCCUGUUGGUCACCUUAUUGGCUAAGUAUUUUUGCGCACAAAUUUAUAAGUAGGAUGAGUCGAACUGUUGUAAUAGCAUCAUACUACAUUCAUUUGUUACCGUAUAUAAGUUGUUCCGCAUAUCCGGUAAUAUUUACACUUUUGAAUCGGCGCAUUAAAAUGGCUCGUGCUCAAAUGCAUUGGCAUCAGAAGCGUAGGAAAUUCACUCUUACCGAAUCAUCGCAUGUCACCGAGCAUUAUUCGACCGAACCAACAACAACCUUUGGGAUUUUAAAGAUUCUGCGUUUUUGUAUUCAAUUUCUUCCAAAUUUCACAUACCAAAGUAUGACCAAAUUACAUUCCAAAAAUAGGCGCCAUUCAACAACAGAUCAAUAUAUUGAGAAAGAAAUGGAAUACCCAACGAAAAAUUCAAUGAAAUCAACGAAUGCAGUACAGCUCACUGAUGCUGCAGCACAUCGUUAUUCCGGUGAGCAGCAAUCAUUGGAAUUGAUUGAAAUGCAAGAAGAUGAUUUCCUCUUGUAA